AUGACAACCAACUGCUCCUUCACCGAGGUAGACAGCCUCAUGAAAUCACUGGAACUCGCCAUCUACGUGCCCAUCUUCGUGUGCGGCCUUGUCCUCAACAUCCUUGCCCUGGUUGUCUUCUGCGUCCUCCUCCGCAAGUGGACAGAGUCCACCAUCUACAUGACCAACCUGGCCCUCAUGGACCUCCUUCUUCUCCUCCUGCUCCCCUUCAAGAUGCACGCCACCAUCCACCACUGGGCGGCCCACCACCGCAUCCUCUGCUCCUUCCUGGAGAGCCUGUACUUCGUGGGCAUGUACGGCAGCGUCUACACCAUUGCCUGCAUAGCCGUGGACCGCUGGUUGGCCAUAUGCCACCCCUUCCGUGCCAAGCAGCUCCGCUCCCCUCGGGCCGCUCUGGGGACCUGCAUCCUGGUCUGGGUGAUGGUGCUGGGGGGCACCUCCCCCAUCUACUCAUUCCGCACGGCAGAAAAGGGGUCCUUCCACUGCUUCCACAGCUUCUCGGACCAGGGCUGGCGCCAAGAGGUGAUCGGCUGCCUCUUGGGCUUUGGGUUUGUGGGACCGGCCCUGGUGCUGGUGGUGUGUUCGGCCCAGAGCAUCGGCACGCUGAGGCAGUCGGGCCAGGAGAGCCCUAAGAGCAGAGCCUGCGUGAGGACCAUCUACAGCAGCCUCUGUGCCUUCCUAGUCCCCUUCACACCCAGCCACCUGGGCAUCCUGCUGCAGUUCCUGGUACAUAGAUGCGUGAUCGAGGACUGCGUGGCCAAGACGAGGAUCAGCCUGUUCCUACAGGUGGCCAUGAGUCUGGCCAACAUCACGUGCUGUCUGGACGCUGUGUGUUACUACUUCAUCACCAGGGAGGUGAGGACCUCCAAGCAGACCUUCAACUUAAGGAGGUCCAGGUCCAUCAGCCAGAAGAGAGCCACCACCAGCACCUCAGAGCUCUGACGAGACCCAUGGAGGGACAAACACUGUGCAGAACUGGUUGAAAUUAUGUUUCAACCAGUUUUGCCCACUGGGAAGUUACUGGCUAUAAUCUUACUAGCUGUGUGAGAAAUUCUGCCACUGUUUGAGGACAAGGGACGUUGAGUAGGAAAAAUUAGUAUUUAUUAUUGAAAACCUACGCAUUUUGGCACUAUUUUCCCUUUUGACUGUCUGUAGCCUUACCUCGGACAAGAGUUAACCCUAUCAGACCAGAUAUUUUUAUAUAUUUAACUUUGACUAUAUUUCACUGCUUCGCUUAAGUAAAAUGUUUUAAACUUCUUAGACUACCACAAAAAUACUUUUAAAGAGGUGAAGCAAUUGAACAACAAAACAAAACAUGGAAAAUUACCAUCUGAUCUGAUUACUAUUGUUUGUGCCCUGUGCAAUGCCAUCUAUAUGUGUACUGUAUGUCCUGACAAGGGAAUCACCACAGAACAACAAGGCAUGUUAAGUAGGAGAAGUCAGUUCGACCCAUGGGGCGGCGCACAAUUGGCCCAGCGUCGUCCAGGGUAGGGAAGGGAAUG